AUGCCGGCAGACGUAUCGGCGCUGGUGGCGCAGAUGAACGAGACGCUGGCCGAGAUCCACGCGACGGUGGCGGCACUCAACGACACGGACCACGACGCCAAGCUCGACGCGCUCGAGCAGGAGCGUGACGCGGCCGUGCAGGCCCUACAGGCGGCGUUUGAGCGCGAGGCCGAGGAGCUCGAGAAGCGGCGGCGGGCCGAGGACGAAGAGAUGGCCGAGAAGAGGCGACUCGAGGAUGAGGAGAUUGCUGCCCGGAGGCGGCGCGAGGACGAGGAGCGCGCCGAGGCCAAGAGGCGCGCAGACGACGAGAUGAGGGCCAAGCUCGAGGCUGACGCGAGAGAGGUCGAGGAGCAGACCGACGGCAAGAUGGACGAGGUCGAGGCCGAGGCGCAGCGCAUGAUUGAGGAUGGGGAGAGGAGGCUUGCCGAGCUGGAGGAGAAGCGAAAGGAGAUCAACCGCAUGAUUGAUGAGCAGAUGAGGGCACCAUUGCCGACGGCGCCGGCCAGGCCCAGACGCGCCCGAGGCGACAGGAACAGUCGCGUGAUGCCAGUCGCGGCCGCGGGUGCCGGCGCGGCAGUCGCAGUUGCGGCGGCGGCGGCGGCGGUGGGGACCGCUGCAGUGAACAGUAAGCCGUCGGCACCUGAAACCGAGGAAGCGGCACAGAGCUCGGAUAACAAUGAUGUCAAGGCUCCUGAAACCAUGGAAGCGGCGCGCGGCCUGGAUGUUCGAGAUGGCAAGGCUGCCGACGAGACGCCCGACGUGGCAACUCCCGAGGUGGCGAAGGAUAAAGAGAUCAUCGUGGAGGAGUCCAAGGCUGAAAAGGAUGAGACAGUAGAAACAAAGGCUGUUUCUGAGCCAGUUGAGGAGAAACAGCAGGAGGCCAAGGCUUUGGAUGCAUCCUCCCCGCAGGCCAAUAUUGCUGAUGAGCCCAAAGACGAAGUGCUUGAAACCAAAGACCUUGAUGCAGAAGCUGCCAGAGAGCCUUUAACUACUGACUCCGUUCAGGCCAAAGGCGUUAUGGAGCCCGAGGAAGAAGUGCUUGAACCCAAAGACCUUGAUGCGGAAGCUGCCAAAGACGUUAUCGAGCCCGAGGAAGAAGUGAUCAAACCCAAAGACCUUGAUGCAGAAGUUACCAAAGAGCUAGCUGUCGAUCAUGUGUCGGUUGCACCCACUGCGGAAGACCACGCAUCCUCGACGACAGCUGGGCCGACCGACGCUUCAUCAAAGGAGGUUCCUGUUGACACGGCCGGGACUUCGGUACACUUGGAUGAGGAGGACGAGAUCCACCCUGUGGAUAUCUCGGCCGGGAAAGCCAAUACGCAGUCAGAGACUGAUGCCUCCGGACAGCCCCGGGAAGCCGAGACUUCUGGGGGUGAGAAGAAGUCAUUCUUUGGCAGCUGGGGUUCAAAGAUGAAGUCGCUCGUCGCGCGGGAACAACAGGCGAGCAAGAGCGAAGCCGACACUGGAAACUCCGAGCAGUCUCGUAACGUGACCGUUCCCGGCGAGGCCGAGUUUGUCUCGAAGGAUGUUGCCCUUGGCGAGCAGGCGACUGCUGAACCAUCCAUUUCGACUGCCAAACUGGCCCAGGACGAAGAAGAAGCUGUCCUUGUCAUCAAGAACCUGGAUGAGGAGGCGCCAAGCAACAAAGCCGAGGUUGCAGAACCAGCUGCUGCAGAUGGGCUACAAGUCCCUGAAACCAACGCUUCUGUCAAACAAGUACAUGAGGAGACCGCCGAGCCAUCGGCCGAGACUCAUCAAGCUGUCGAGAUGGCAGCCAAAGUCGCUGAGACUGAGCUGAUGCAGCCCGAUGAUGCCACGGAACCAGCUGCCGAACAUUCGGAUGGCGCCACACUACCUGUCAAGACGGCUGAGGCUGAUGAGAUUCAGGACUUGAAGGAGGAACUGGUGAUACGUGACUUGGACGCGGAGCACAAGGAAGGAAACAAUCUGUCCAAAGAACCCCAUAGCGAUGUUGCCGUUCCCAAGCCCGAAGAAGCUGUUCUGGCAGCAACCCCGGAUCCACAUGUCUCCGAGAAGGCUCAAGAUAUCGAUACACAUGUCUCCGACAAGGGCCAAGACACCGAUAUCGUCGAGCCUGGAACAGCCACAUCUGAAGUCGGCACUUCCCCGCACGAGAUUAAUGGGAAAGAGGACGCCAAAUUCGAGACGAAAGACAUUGAUAGCAACAGCGAUGGGCUUGCGAGCCCAGUCCCAGACGCCAGCUCAAGUAAAGCAGACGAACCUGUCGCAAAGCCCAGUCUGGACGACGACGAGAAGACACUCGACAUGGCCCGCGACGCCGACGAUAAAGGUGAUAAGGAGCUUACCAAACCCACGGCGUCGGAAGAGACACAUGAUUCGGCUGAGGGAAUCCCUACGCAUGCCGAUAAUUUGAAGGACCAUGAAGCUGUCGCAUCCGAAUUCGUCCCAACCUUUGUCCAUCCCAACGAGGUUGAGCAGCCGGAAUUAAGCGAACCCGAACCAACCACAGCAGCGCCCGCAUCUGUGCCAACCUCGAACGCCCCUGCGGAGGAUGCACACGGGCCAAGCGGCGAGCACGGAGACGCUGCCCAGACCGCGCCGACGUCACAAGGGUUCCCCGCCCCGCAAGAUGCGACGAACCAUGCUAAUGAACGGCUCAGUGGUCUGGACGCCGACGGCACAAAAGGCGCUGAAAGCGAAUCCGAAGCGAAAAGCGCUACCAUGAUACCCUUGAAGGACAGUAGUGCUGUAUUAAAGGCUGCCGAUGAGGAUGUAUCUUCACACGAGGACAGCGACCUUGUUGAAGAAUCCAAAAACAUGGGCAUUUCGACCAAAUCUCCAGUAGCAACGCCAGCCGAGGACCAGCUUGUUGUUGACGACAAUAUGAAGGCGGAAGAGGUGAACCUGGUCCCAGCACUGGCCGCCAACGAAGCUGCCACCUUGAGCGAGACAAGCCUUCUGGAGGACACCAAAGAGGCAGCCCAGGAUGUUGAGAGCAAGGCCGCGAUGGAUAAAUUAGAGGAUGCCGUCCACAUAGACGAAGGAGUGCAAAAGGUUGAAGAUGACAAGAUUGCUCCCGUCGAGGAGCCCGCAGCAACCAGCACCGACGCAGCAGUCUCGACUGCCCCCGUGACCAGCCCGGCUGCUGAGGGGCAAAUCGAUGAUGAGAAACCAUCCUCAACCAGUGUUGAUCUUCAGGCUGAACUCAGCGCCGCCGAGGAUAAGGAUGAAUCCGUCCCGGAUCUGGAUGCGGACACCACAUUAAACACUGAGCAUUCUGCUGAGGAAUCGAUGCUCCAUGAUCACCUGAGCGAUGACCAUGCUGCUCCCCAAGUCGGCAAAGAUUCUGGGCCGGAUGAAAUUUCCAUGUCGGAAUUCCAGGAGCCCAUGCUGGACGGCUUUGUCCCAGUGUCCAAGAGUGAGGGACCUGUUGGUGGCCAGGCUCAGGCCCCGGCGUCAGACGGUCAGACAUCGCCAAGAUCCAACCAACCUCCAUCCCCGCCCACAUUCCCUGCUACCGAGCCGAGCAGGGCGCGCCGAAUGUCCAACGCAGCCAUCCCCGGAGCCAUGUCGAGUGGAAACGCAAACACGGGCCAAACCGUCGAGGUCCGCCAGAGGCCAGAAAGCGAGAGGUUUUCGCCCUUCGCCCCCAUACCCGGCACCAUGUCGAGCAGCGUGGCCAACACCACGCAGACCGUUACCGUGACCUCCCGCUCGGCCGGCAGCGCCCACCUGUCACCGAGCACGCCCAUCCCCGGCACCAUGUCCACCGGCUCCAGCUCGCCGAGCUUCGGCCGCACCCCUACGCCCAUGUCGGCGACUCGCCCUGCCCUCCAGAUCCCGUCUCAACUCGACAAUGCGCCGCGAGGAGCAAUGCUGGACUACAUCGCAAACGACCCCACCCCCGUCGGUGGUCCUGAAAGUUUUGUUCUGGGGCCCACCCCCACCACUCCCAUCGGGGACCGCAGGGGCCGCGCCAAGCACUCGAGGGGACCUUCGACCGCGGCGGCGGAGCUCCUCACUCCCAUCGAGAAGGAGCCGCUUUCGGCGAUCGAUUCAGACGCAGGUGGGGUCGUUCAGGACCUGUCGGAGGCCGCAGGUCAACAGGCAGUCAAGGAAACUGCAGAGGCUGCGCAGCCCGAGACGCAAAGCAUCGUCAGCCAGACUCCCGUGUCGCCGGUCAAGCCCUCGGCUUUGGGAUCCAGCCUAGCCGACGAGCUAAGCCAGGCCUCACUCGACGGACAGGGCGACAUGCUCGACACCGAUGACGACGACGACGAAUACACGCCGAUUGAGAAGGAGGAGCAGCAAGACGACGCCCAGGAUGACUUUCGCGGCCAUGUCAACCAGCCCGAGCCUGUCUUUCGUGAACAAACCACACCGCGGCAGCAGUCCUUUCGUGGCGAGGAACAGGUCCAUGAUCCCUCGGCCGUCAACACCGGCGCUGCGGAGGUCGGUCAGCAACAGGUCAACGACGAGCCCGACGGCGAGAAGACUGAUUCGGCCGAACCGAGCGGUGUCGGCGCCGUUACAGGAGCAGUGGACGCCGUGUUGGGGGAGCCAAUUUCACGUCCUCAAACCCCGGUCGCCGCCGUUUCAGUAGCAUCUGCUGUUGAGGGAGACCAGAAGCCGCUCCACGCGGACGCUGAUGUGCCUGCCAAGGAAGAGGUUGCCUCUGAUUCGGUCGAUGCUGUAAAGUUGACACCAGCGUCAGAACCAGUAUCAGAGAAGACUCAGCCAGCUCCCUCUACCCAGACGCUGCCGUCCUAUGAUGGAGGUGAAUACGGGGCAUCUGUGUCGGCGCAUGAGCCGCGGGCCAAAGUCGAGACGCCGGCUCCGACUCAAUCAUCCCGUGAAAAGCUAUCUCUUGAGCCUGGACAUUACGCGCCAGAGGAAGCUUCAGAAGAUGAUUUUGUAACACCGAUGCAGUCCACCCCAACCGAGUCACUCCCCGCCAGCCCUGUUGACCGCACUCCUGUGGCAGCAGAAGGCAUGGCCACGGUCGACGGGGCACACAACCUGUUUGAUGACGACGAAACUGACGACGAGAGCCUUGCCCACAGCUCCGUCGACAUGCCUCAAGCAGAAGUACAGACCGCAGCGGCUGUUUUGCCACCUGCCGACCAGGUCGAAGAAGUCAAGGAUGCUCUUCCCAAGGACAAACAGGUGCCCGCGGUGCUUGCGCCUGUUCAAGACCCAGUUGAUGCGUUUGAGCAAAAGAUCCUGCAGCACUCGCCUGAAUAUUUUCCUCAGAGCCCAUUGUUCUCUCCUCCUGCUGAAUCCGGCGGCGUAGAGAAGCCCGCCGACGACUCCGAGACCGGGUCUCAGAAGAGCCUCGAAGCUCCCACAAGCCUGGACGUAGCAGCGGCCAGACAAAUGACACCGCUGCUCGUCCCUACCAACCCGGCAGACCACAUGCACGAUAUUAGCCCGCUGGCGCUGAGGCAGGAGUCGCCACAGACGCCGCGCAAAGGUCUGGCUGACAGCCGCCAUGCGCCCAAGGAGCCGGCUGAGACUCCGUUGCGGUACUCGAUGGGACAGUCCACCCCGCAGGCCUCCUUGUUUGACAUGCACCAGGAGCAGUUGUCCGACCACGAGAAGCCCCAUCAUGAGCCCAUGUCGUGGCUGCAAGGUUCCGAGGCUGAGCACCCGAAUUCCGCAUCCCACUCGCGAGAGAACAGCAUCAACAGUGUACAGCAGCAACAAGGGCACAGACAACUGGAGAUACCGGAGCAGGAAGAGGUGGAGCCCUCAAUGUACGCUCCACGCGACGUCACCAAUACUCCUUGGCAUUCGCGCAACGACUCGGUGCCCAUGUCUAUGCACAGCCAGACCACGCUGUCGUCAGCACCGUCGUCGCCCAUCCACUCGGCUCUGGCGAGGGACAACCGCGAACCCGUCAUCCGGGAGAGCUGGCCCGCCGUGCCAGGCCAGCACCAGGAAUAUCUGGCAGGGCUGGGAGCGGGCGCCGGUCUCGACUACAGCAACAGGCCGAGAAACUACUCGCAGGCCACGACGGACUACGGCCGAUCCCGCAACGUAUCCGAGGUGUCCAACUUUGACCCGUUCGGCCCUAGUUCGCAAAAGUCGUCGGCCCGUGAUAGUUUCCAGAGCGUGAAGUCGGUUGCCCAGGACAAACCACUCCCGGCGGCACCGGCAGCCGCCCAGCCCGCAGCACCUGUUUCCAAUAACAGAAACUCGGUCGGCGCCGGUUCGUCCCCCGGCAGCAUCUUCCAGCGGAUGCGCAGCGUCUUUGAGAAGCCCGCCGCCGAGGCCGACGGCAGCACAGAGCCUCUGUCGCGCAGUCGCCCCGUCAGCGGAGUCUUUGUCCCCGUGAAGGCGUCGCCGCGCCCGCUUAGCCACCUCGACAGCGCCGGCACCAUCCGCGAGGCCGGCAACAGGAACAGCUUUGUCCUUGACGCGGCGCCCAAAAAUCCCCCCGCCGUCUCGUCUUAUGAUCUGAACAAGGGCUACUACUACGAUGAUCCGUCCUACGGACGCGAGGAGAAUGAGAACGAGCGCCGAGCCGGGCGGCAUGUUCUGCCCGAAGGUUUGCCGGCUGCAAUCAAGCGGCGGCGACGCAGGCCGGCGAGCCUCUUGCUGCAUUCGCACGCGAGGACGCCCUCCAUCAACCUGGCGGAGCCGUCACCACCAACACACACCCCGUCGCCCGCUCCGCGAACUCCAUCGCCGGGCUUUGCUACCCCUACUCGAUCACCACCUCGAACGGCGUCACCAAGUCUGGCCCCGCAUUGUCGAUCGUCGCUGCAAAUAUCAAUGCCGCGGCCAGGGCUUCCAUGCCGUGAGUUGGCUUACAAUGCGGACCAAGAUGCUCCUCCCAUUCCGCCACGUUCUCCUUUGCGAUCGCCGUCCCAGAGCCCUGUCCCUCCGCCACGGUCGCCACUUCGCACGCCACCGCCACGUCCAGGCUUGCCGUGCCGUCGACUAUUGUAUCGUGACAAUGAAAUGGCGCCCCCAAUCCCGCCGAGGUCCCCUUUGCGGACUCCAUCUGCAAGCCCCGUCCUGCCACCUCGUUCACCGCUACGGACGCCAUCGCCGUGCUUCGGGAUGCCGUGCCGCCAGCUAGUAUAUGAUGACGGUGGUGAUGAGACGGCCCCUUUAAUUCCACCUCGCUCGCCAUUAAGGACCCCAUCCGGAAGCCCUUUGAUUCCACCUAGGUCACCAUUGCGAACACCGUUCGCAAGCCCUUCACUACCGGCUUGGUCAUCAUUACACACGCAAUCGCCACGGCUUGGGCAGCCAAGCCGUCAACUGUUGUAUACUGACGACGACGACGACGACGACGACGACGACGACAACAACAUGUUUUCUCCAAUUCAGCCGCUGUCCCCUCGGCGGACGCCAUCCGCAAGUUCUAUGCUGACACCACGACCUCUCCGGCGGCUGUCUUCGGCCAUUGAGCCCCCGUGCCGCGCUUUGUUCGUGGACGAUUUCGAACCGUGCCCUGCCAUACCGCCGAAAUCUCCCCGCAGGGCCCCGUCGCCAAAUUUAUCCAAGUCGCUGCCCUCGCCCCUGCGGUCUAGUCGCUCGACGAGCCUCGAGGUGCCGGUUGAUUUAUUCUGCGGGUCGCCGGCCUCACCCGUGCUGCAAGGACCACCUCUCAUUCCCCCGAGGAGUCCAAAGCGAAUCUCCGGGGCUAAUUACGUUGCACUCCCGCCGCCGCCGCCGCCACCACCACCACUCUCACCACCACCGUCGCCGCCACCGGUGCAAGUCACCAAGGUGACCAUCAUCAACAUAAUCAAGGAAGAGGUGCCAAUCGACUCGGACCCGACGACGACCAGCUCCAGAACAAAACAGGGCCCUCGCAGGCGGCACGAGUUGACGCGCAGUCUGGGGUACAGGGACUCGCUCCGGUCCAGCACCACCACAGCCUCGCACUCCUCCUCCACCUGCCCCUCGUCGGCGGCGGCCGGGAGCGACAGGGGCGACUUCUCGCAGAGGAACAGCAGCGCGUCGUCCACUGCGACGUCGCCCGAGUCUUCGGUGCGGUCGGGCGGGAAGACGACGCCCAGGCGCGGCAGCGUGGCCAGGAUCGCGUGGCUGUGGGCCGAGGGCUGGCGGGCCAGGCUGCGUGGAGGCGGAGACGUGGUCGAGCGGGCAAGAUGGGAAUGGAAGCUCGAGGACGAGGGCGUGCGCUACCAGAAGGAGGCGAGGGCGGCGGCGGCGGCUGCUGCUGCUGCUCGUGGAGGAGGUAGAGAGAUGGAUAUGGGGGAGCGGGAGGCUGAUGAAGCUGCUGGCAGACGGCCAAAGAGAAAGAGUGAAGAUUUGGUCGCCGUACCCGCCGACCUCGGUGAUGAAGAAGUAGAGAAGCUCGACUCGGAGCAUGUUGCCAACCUGCGACGCCUACUCAGCCCCAGCGUGCCGGACAUCAUCUUCACACCUCCAUCUCCCACAGGCUCUUCACCUCGCUCGCCAGUCUCGUCGGAUGAAGAGACCGCGCCAGAUGGCCUGAACAAUUUGGACCCCGAAUGGGUUUGCCGAGAGAAGCUUGAUGAUGUGCUCGAGAAGGACAGACUGGCAGAGAAGCGGCGCCGCCAACGGAAGAGACGAGGAGUCAACGUUUCUGAGAAGGAGCUCAGGCGGCAGAUUAAUGAGCUUGAGGAGACGCUUCAAGAGGUUGGCCAGGAGAAGCGGCAGCUCAAGCAAACGGUUUCCAGGCAAGAGAUACAGCUGCGCCAGUUGAGAUGCGCACCGCUGGCCAAGCAAGCGCUCCAGACGCUCGCAGACGUGGCGGCCAUAGAGGAAAAGGCACAAGAUCGAACCCAAGCUGUUGUGGACUUGACGGUUCCGCAUGACGAGUAUAUCGAUUUGAUUAUUCAAGACCAGCAAACCUACUACGGACAGUCGUCUCAUUCGUAUCAAGCCAGGAGCAUCAAUUCCGAGGCGGCACGGGCGUCGGCGGGAGAGGAGCGUGCCGGCAAACGAAACGCGCACUACCCAGCGGACCAUGAGGAUGACCACACGUCGCACAAGCCCGCGCAGGGUAUCGGAGCACACUUGCAUGCACCGGCCAAGACGUUGCAGCUGGAAGCAAAACUCGAGCAGAAUGCCAGGGAGCGAGCGUUACUGAAAGCAGAGCUGGCUGCCGUCAGAAGUCGAUUCAAGGCGUUCCUGUCUGGCGAAGAGCUGGCGUCCAAGAUGCUUACCCAUGUGCUGGACAACUUCAAGAAGGUGAGGAAUGAGAGGAUCAAACUGUCAGCGGAAAACAUUGUUUUGAAGGGAAUGAUAUCACGUCUUCGGAGAGGCAACGCGGGUGAAUCGAUGACGGCGUCCACAGGUCGCCAACCUGACACCGCCGAGCAGACAUUGUAA